CUGGUGCGGCAGUUGUGAGCUGGUCGCUCCCCAAGGUGAACCGUUCUUGCGCCAGCUGCGGUACGGUGGCUGCGGAUGCGCGUUUGUGAAGCCGGUAGUGGUGUGUCUCUCGUUGCCACUUUACGUUUCUUUUUUUUUUUUUUUUUUCGAAAGUCACAGCGCCAUCACGUGUUUGGUUUCUGUGCUGCUGGAUUUCGCGUUUCACGAGGCAUCGUUGUUACGCUGUUCUCAUUCGUCCAAUUAUUGUGCGCGAUGGGAGGAGAAACGUGACUGCCUUCAACCCGUCGACGUGCGGAAACAACGACUUGAUCUUGAGAAGCUUCAAAAGAGUGUUCGGCUCGCCUGUGCAUACCAAACCCGGAAAAUCAUCCUUUCAUCCACAUCACAGUGCGCGAAAGUUACUGGAAGCGCGACGUGUGGAAAUGAAAUGAGAUCUUGAGAAGCUUCGAAGAGUGUUUUAAGUUUUGCCUGUGCGUACUGAAUCCAAGAAAGCAACCUUGCUUCCUCACAUCUCUGUCGCUGUCUGCGAAAGGUACUGGGAGCGCAUCCCAGAUACGCCUCUUGAACAAUGCUCCCGCGAGAUUUGUGAGCACUUGGGCUUCGAAGCUGACGAUACACGGAACGGAAUCGACGACUUCGCGUCUGCGGGAAGUAGCGCGCGCUUUCUCAGCGCUCGCCGUAACGGAAUCGGAGCUUCGCCGAUACACCUAAGGGAUGAAGAUGAUUCCACGGACUCUGUAGGAAGUUGCUGUCGUCGAUGUCGAUAAUAUUCCCAAAUGAAAAAAGCAUUUCUUUUCUCUCCCUCUUUCUUCUCAAGUGUCAGUGAGGAAAAGCGAUGAAGAAGAGUGCUGGCGGCUGAGACGCUGAGGCAAGACUUGGCAACCGAUGUGCGUUCGUCUCGUGUUCUGUGUGUGACCGAAUUUCCUUUUUUUUUCGUGGUGAGUGUGUGUGUGUGCUUGUGUUCUCGCUCUGCGCUCUCUAUACACGUUCGCUUUUGCGUUGCGAAUGGAAACACUUUAAGUGAACCGUCGAGCUGUGCUUAUCGUUCGGAUUCUCUUCGCUCUCCUUGUUGAAGAAGAAGAACAAGAUGGAGUUGAAGAACUUGAACGGAUGUGCGCGAUGGCUCGUCGUGCUUUUCCCUUCCUCGCAGUUGUCACUGGAACGCAGCAGCAACAACUGCAGCAGUGCGGUUUCCCGGGCAGACCGGCGUACGGCCGCAUCAGCCUGAUCCGGGACUCGUACGAAAAUGGCCAGACCGUUUCCUACACGUGCGACUCCGGCUUCAACCUGCUCGGACAGAGCACGCGCCAAUGCCUCGACAACGGAACCUGGUCCGGAGCGCUACCCGUCUGCGACACAAGCCUGACGGUGCAGCGCAUACCGGAGGCGUCCGGCUACCUGUACGCCUACCCCCCAGGGAACGCGCUGGACGGCUCCAAGAGCAGCUGCUUCUACACCACCUACCAACCGCCCCGGUGGUGGCGCAUAGACCUGGGCGCCGCCUAUCACGUGCUCUCCGUAGCACUCACGGUUCCGCACGUCAGUUCACGGCAGGACCUCGAGGUGCGGGUCGUGAGCUACGAGGGCAACAAGGCCAUAUUCAACAGAUGCGCCGCAUUCAGCGGGAAAUUCUCGACCCAGACGGUGGUGCUGAUGUGCGAUGAGGGGAAGGGAAUCAUCGGCCAGUACGUCGAUGUUGCUGACAAGCGCAAGGACCCCGACCACUUCAGCCUCUGCGAGGUGGAGAUCUAUGUGCUCAGAGAAAAGUACCAGUGCGGGGACCCAGACAAGCCACCCAAGUCGUACACGGUGCCGCUGUCACCACAACAGAUGGAGUACCGCUGCGUGUCCGGAUACAAACUGUCUGGCCCGAGCGUCCGUACUUGCCUGGAGUCUGGACAGUGGUCAGCGGCAGCCCCUAGGUGCCUUGAGGCCGCGUGCCCGUCCCUGGGUCCCCUCGACAACGGGAAAGUGGCAGUGCGAGGCACCAGCAAUGGCCGCACCGUACAGGGCAGCCAGCUCAUCUACACCUGUGACCCUGGCUACACCCUGGAGGGCAAUGACACCCGCACUUGCCUCGAGGACGCCCGUUGGGGAGGACAGCAGCCACACUGCCAGCCUGUCACCUGUGAUGUGCCAUCGUUUGAAGUUGAAGGUGGAACAUACACGCUGCUCAAUGUGUCCACAAACUACGGGGACCUGGCCGAGCUCAACUGCCACCUGGGAUACGAACGGCAGGGUGGCCCCACAACCAUCGUCUGCCAAGAGGAUGGGACCUGGAGUGGGCCUCAGGCCUCAUGCAUCCUCAGACAAAUGAAGCAAAAACUCCAGAAGGAGCUGCCAGGAUCAUCGAGCGACACAAGCUCAACACUCACUGGCAUGGUGGCAGCUAUCAUCGCCAUCGUGUUCCUUUUCCUGCUUUCCAUGUGCGUCCUCCUCAUACUCAAAAAGAAGAAGUACUUCUCAAGGGCCAAGAGCCCGCCGGCGAAGGUACCCAGCGGCGGCCUCCCCGCGAACAACGGAAGCGCCAACAUCUCCUACACGGACAGCAGCGGAACCAUCUACCAGAACGAGGACUUCUACAUGGAGAUCCCGUUGAAGAAUGCGCAGCAAAACGGCUCCACCACCGCAGCCGCGCACAACAACAACCACCUCACCAACGGCGGUCACCGCGCGAGCCUGAAGGCUGAGGGUGGAGACCGCCGCAAGAGCCUGACGCCGAGUCGCAAGAGUUCACUCUCGUCGAAGGAAAACAUCUACGAAGAGAUCGCCCUGGCCUCCAAGCAUCGCAGGCUCUCUUUCGGAGGCGUCACUUCCAUCACGACGGGCCCGACACCCAGUGCAGGCGUCACCGUCACCCACACGGAGCUGCCGUCCACGGCGGACGACAUUCAAGACGAACGGGAGUCGUCGCCGGCAUUGUACGCCAAAGUCGAUUUCGAUCAGAAGCGGAAAUCCAGGCUCAUCAAAGAGCAAAAUGAGGAACCGUUGAACAAACCUGCCCUUCCAAACGGCGUCAAGCUACGCGACCUUCCUCCAAUACCGCCUCCGGACGAGGACGAAUACUACAACCCUUCGGUCGCCAUGUCCCUAGUUGGUGCUGUGGCCCCGUUGGUGUCGCUCGCACCCCACGUUGUGGAAGGGGACAAUGUGUACGUCGACCAUCCGAUCGGGGCGGAGAUUGUCAGGGGGACGAUGCACACCGGUAUGGUGGACAACGAACUCUAUGCCACGUCAGGACACAGCUAGUGACCAUCGUCCUAUGCUCUGAACUGUGCAUCGUGUGGACAACAUGCAUUGUGCGUCAUCGUGAGGAACAAAAGACUUUUUAUCUCAGGGCACCACUCCCAUGGAAGAAGCAGGCGCAAUAACAUUGGCUGGCAUGUAGUAGAAGUACAGACGACCACGCCCUUGACUAGAGCACCAAGAGCAGUGCACCGGCGGAUGAUGAACCGUAUUGGUGUCUAGCUGCUUGGUUUGCACAAACAUCCCUCGUUGGCAUUGAUAGUUACCUGGAUUAUGGAAGUUUCGUAGUCUUUGGCAAGGUGUCAUGAACCUUGCGGUUGCUUUGGUGUUGCUCUUUUGAUUUCUAGCACAGAGGGUUCUCGACAAGAGCGCAGAUGCCUGUACUACAAGGUCUCACCUACGAGUCUGGGCUAAGGCCACACGCUCAAUUGCAAGCGACCCAUGGGCUGUCCAAUCACAGCUUACAAACGGAACAGUGACAGGAUAAAACUUCCUAAAACUGUUGACAUGUCUUUCUUUUUCAGUGUCCUUCCUUGGCAUACGACACCUUGCGUGCGUCACAUUUUAUGUGUCAUGUAUUGGAGCUGUUCUUGUGGAACGAGGCUAAGUUUGGUAAAUAUUGAGGUGUUAUGCAAUUCAUGUUGUGUCUAUUAGUUGCACAAUGGAAUGCUACUUAUACAACGAAAGUGCAUGCGUGACUGAUCAAGCCUGAUAUGGUGCAUGCUACCAUAUCAGGCUUGAUCAGAGGCGUGUUACAAACACGCUACUUCUGACAGCUAGUCCAAGUGUUUUUCAACAGUGAGUGCCGGUAAACACUCACAUGCAGGACUCCAAAACAAAGUCGAUAUACUUAUAAAAACAAAUAGUUCAUUGCUUUCGCGAGGAAAAUGGUAUUAAUCGGCAAGAGGUGAAAAGUGCUUGCUUGUAAAUUUUUCGACGGUGUCAGUCCGAUGCAGCACUUCACAAUACGGUCGUCUGAAACCGUGAAAAACAACAGUCAAAGGCAAGCUGUGAUGGUAUGUUACAGCAGUGACAGAACAAUGGGUGAUUUGUACCAGCGCACGAGAAGCAGCCGCACGGUAGGCAGGCAAAACAAGCCCUUGAGCUUAAAGUCUUGGUCUGUAGCACAAGACAGACAUAAUAGCUCAAACGUGGCUUGUAGUAUUGUGUCCAGUGUUCCAUAUGGUAUAUGGCUCCUAUAUCAUUUAUGAACACGUAGAUAGAGCUGAAAAGUCAACGUCCUUGGAACUCGCAAAGCAGAAAGCGCUGCAUUUAUGUACCCUUGGUUGGAACACCUGUACCUACGUAGUUAAUAAGUGAAACAAAAGAUUUAGAUACCCUUUCUAGAAUAUAUUCAGCAAACUUGGACCAAGCCAUGCUAACUUGUAAAUCAUAACUUCAAACAAUGACACAUCUUGUUCUGUUUUUUUUCCACUGUCAUUCUGCGACAUUCUCGCGGUGCAUUUUUGGAUUUUUCUUUUUUCAUCUGAAAGCAUUUACCAUCUUAAUUAUUGCUCCGCAUUUAUGCAUCUUGCACUCGGCACAGUUUAUUGCGAGCGUUGUGUGUGACGCAACUUUGUAUUGUUGUGCAGAGCUAUUCGAAAAGUGAUACUGGCGAACCUAGUCUUGAAAUGUGAAACGUUCGCCAACGCCGGAUGAAUGUGUGUGUGUGGCCACUUGCCGCAUUAACCAAAUAUAAAUGUCUAUAGAUUGACAGACAGCAUUAUUAUCUAAAGAUAGCUGCGCAUAAUGUGUUAUUAUAUAUACCAUGAGCUGUACAUAACUGAGAGAAAAGAGAUUCUUUGCAAAGUCUGUAUUUAUUUGUACAGCUGUUGUUUGUAUGCCUGUGACUGUAGGGCAUGUUGUACCAUAUACAGAGUCUGAAAUAAAUAUGUUUGUCUUAAU